GUCGAGAAGGAGGGAGGGGCCGCGCCGCCUUCGAGAGUCAUUGGAGGACGCGGCCGCCCGAAGCUGAUAAAUAAGGGGCCGGGCGGCGGCUGCCGGCCAAGCUGGACGCCCCGAGCGGUGCGAGGGCCAGGUCAGCGCCGGCCCGUCGACGCGAAGCGAGGCGACCCCCGCGCGGCCAUGGCCUCGCUGCUGGGAGCUUACCCGUGGCCCGAGGGGCUCGAGUGCCCGGCCCUGGAAGCCGAGCUGUCGGACGGGCUGUCGCCGCCGGCCGCCCCCCGCCCGCCGGGGGACAAGGGCUCGGAGAGCCGUAUCCGGCGGCCCAUGAACGCCUUCAUGGUGUGGGCCAAGGACGAGAGGAAACGUCUGGCGGUGCAGAACCCGGACCUGCACAACGCGGAGCUCAGCAAGAUGCUGGGAAAGUCGUGGAAGGCGCUGACGCUGUCCCAGAAGAGGCCCUACGUGGACGAGGCCGAGCGGCUGCGCCUGCAGCACAUGCAGGACUAUCCCAACUACAAGUACCGGCCGCGCAGGAAGAAGCAGGCCAAGCGCCUGUGCAAGCGCGUGGACCCCGGCUUCCUGCUCAGCUCGCUCUCCCGCGACCAGAACGCCCUGCCCGAGAAGCGGGGCGGCGGCCGGGGGGCGCCGGGGGAGAAGGAGGACAGGGGUGAGUACUCCCCGGGCUCCGCGCUGCCCGGCCUGCGGGGCUGCUUCCACGAGGGUCCGGCCGGCGGCGGCGGCGGCGGCGGCGGCACCCCGGGCAGCGUGGACGCCUAUCCCUACGGGCUGCCCACCCCGCCGGAGAUGUCGCCCCUGGACGUGCUGGAGCCGGAGCAGAGCUUCUUCUCCUCCCCCUGCCAGGAGGAGCAUGCGCACUCCCGCCGCAUCCCCCACCUGCCCGGGCCCCCCUACUCUCCGGAGUACGCCCCCAGCCCUCUCCACUGCGGCCAUCCCCUGGGCUCCCUGGCCCUCGGCCAGUCCUCGGGCGUCUCUAUGAUGCCCACCGUGCCCGGCUGCCCCCCGUCUCCUGCCUAUUACUCCCCAGCCGCCUACCCUCCUGUCCACUCCAACCUCCACGCCCACCUGGGCCAGCUCUCCCCGCCUCCCGAGCACCCCGGCUUCGACGCCCUGGAUCAGCUGAGCCAGGUGGAACUCCUGGGGGACAUGGAUCGCAAUGAGUUCGACCAGUACUUGAACACUCCUGGCCACCCAGACUCUGCCGCCGGGGCCGGGGCCCUCAGCGGGCAGGGCCCGGUCUCGCAGGUGCCGCCGACGGGCCCCACGGAGACCAGCCUCAUCUCCGUGCUGGCUGAUGCCACGGCCACGUAUUACAACAGCUACAGCGUGUCAUAGAGCCCGGGGCAGCCCGGCCGGCCCGGCCUGGUCGCAGCCUCUCCUUCCCGCGCGGAGCGGAGCUGAUGCGCAGCGCCCCGGGGUGGGCGGGUCUGCGCUGCCGACCGGCUCUGCGGAUCCAGGGCCCCUCCGCCCGCCCCCUUCCCCGCCCGCCCCGCCCCGCCCCGCCCCCUGCAGCCUGCGUUUUGAGUAUAUUCCUUCAAAUGAGUUUUCAUUGGCCACACCCUGGGAAUCAGGCCCGGUCGUGGCUGAAAGACGCUGUUUCCCGGGAGAAUUUUCACUGACCUCUCCUCCCAGUCCCGGAAACAAAUUCGGGAAAAGCCCAGAAGCAUUCGCAUCUCUCCUGCUUCUGACACAGCCGCAGGGGUACAGCCGUCCUGACCUUUGGUCGUCCAGGUGAGGAGAGCCCUGGGCUAAGAUUCAGGGGACCCGGGAUCCAAUCCCAAUUCUGCCUCAGGGGGCUGGUGAAACCCGACUCCCCUCCCCUCCCCUUCCAGCCCAUCCCCCCCAUCUGUAGAGUGAGGGACGGACUCCGAAUCUCAGGUCCCCUCUGCUCCAGGGUUUUCUGAUUUAGGAUUCUCUCGAGGCUAACACAGGAAGAUGAAGUUGGCCUCAGUGAGCUCAUUCACGUGCAACCUGGUGACGAUUCCAUGUACAGCCCAAGGACACCAGGCUGCUGCACUUGGUCACAGUCUUCCAAUAUGAUCAUAGUCUUCCAAAAGGACGCUUUGAGAAAGAACACUCACCUUGAUUUGGGAAAUUAACCCCUGGGGUUAACUGCAUCACUGAAAAUGAGAUUGAAUUCAAGAUUUAAAAAAAAAAAAAAAAAAAUAUUUUUUUAGACAAGUUCUUUUUAUAUUACACACACAUUUCAAGAGAAUAUACACAGCCUGAAUAUAUACAGUGUGUGUGAGACACACACAGCACACACAUCUCCACGCACAGCCUGAAUCAGACACUCUUUGCUGUCCUUGGCAGCUUCUCGUCAACCCUCUGUUCCUAACAACCCAAAGAGCAGGGAACUGGAAAAGAAUUUCAGCACAGUACCAUCACUUUCUUCCAAUCUGAAUGUGUUGAUUUCUUGAGCAAAAUUUCAUCACUCUCUCCCUUCUGCAGAUGCAAAAGGAUCUUCCUUCCUGCUGUCUCCAUCUCCCUUUCCCGGAAUUUCUUUUUUCUCUUCUUUUCUGCUCAUUCUCCACCCCUGAAUUGGCCACUAGUUCAAAGAUCCCUUGACUUAAAAUUGCAGGCAUGAUUCCUAUGGCAGAAAUGGGAAUUUGUUCUCCUCACCAGCCAGCUGGUUCUUUGGGUAACAUCUUCAGCCCACACAUCAAAGGAGCUUCCCUUUAUUAUACUUACUUCCCAAAGAACAGAAAUGCACUGUGAUUCAGAAAAUAUUUCUGAGCCCUGACCCCAUCCCCAAAGCAUUUCCAUCCUUCCCCCAAGCCUCCUUUGAAGGAACAUACCUAUCAGUGUGCUAAAAGACAGUUGUUUGUCUUUUGAUUUCAGCAUAUUAUUGCCUGUAUGAAAUAUGUAAGUGUUUUAUAUAUUCUCCUAUUAGUUUCACCUUAUAUUUCAUAUUGUUGAAAGAUCCUUUUUUUUUUCCUUCCAAGGAGUCCUCUUGUAAAAUCUCUUAUGUGAUUAAUCUUUAUGCUAUUACUGUAUAUGACAUUUGGUAAUAAAUAGUAAAUCAUGGACAAUAUGAUUGGUGCAGUCCAGAAUGUAUGUUAAUAAUCUUAUAAAACAUUAUCACAGACAUUAAGC